AUGGCAGAAUUUCUGGAUCCAUCUCAAUUAUCAUCAUCGGAAAAUGGAGAUUCCACAGACACUUUCGUAGUCAUGGAAGAUGAUGAGGGCGAAGCUGAGGAAUUUUACGAGAAAAUCGAGGCCCCAAAGUUCGUAGAUUUUACUGUCCCCAACCAUUAUUGCCCUGAUGAUCGCUACUGGUUUUGCCAACGCAUAGGAUGUGACCAACAGCACGAGGAAGAAAUGGAUUCUGAAACAAUCUAUAAGAAUUUUGUUCUUCGGGUAAUGGCAGCUAGGAGUCCAAAUGUAAGACUUCGAAAAGCACUCAACAAAAGUGCAACAAGUUCAAAAUGCCCACACUCAGCUCCUCCAAAAUCUUCCAAGUCAAGAUUAGCAGUUAUUUCCUCAAUUUCUCAGAAGAUCACAGAGGAUAAGAAAAAGGUUUUUAGGCCCCUUCUGAAGCCUGACUCUACACCGACCACCACCAAGGCGAAGCCAGUAGCUGCCAAGUAUCUAACAACUCCAAGGAACAAAUAUGGCCCCUCAAAACAGAACUCCUUUAGGAGUGUUCGAAACCCGAAAACAACAGCCAUUGAAGUCCCGAAAAAUCAAAUGGUAGCAAAGGCUCUCAUCUUUCACUCUCCCAAGAAAUUCAUUAAGGUAAAGACUAGUGUUGAACUGCGUACACACUUGACAAAAUUACGCGAAAGAACGAAAAGGGUCGAGAUCAUGAGUGAAAGGAAGCAGGUCUUGGUUUAUUCUAGUAAAUCGUCGAAUAAAUCUCAAAACCAAGAAGCUAAAUCUGUCAGAUCUACUAAGGGUAAGGGCAAAGUGCAGUUAUCAAAACCAUCAACCUCCAAGGAAUUGGAGGGAAAUGGUUGCAGUAAUUUGGAUAUCAAUGCAAAAUCAAGAAGCUGUACUACCUCGGAUAUUUCGAGGAUCCAGAAUAUUAACAAUGACAAACAGCAUACGAUGGAUUCAGCAGUAUCUGCACUGUUUGAACAACAAAAAUCUACAAUUGAUACCUGUCUGACAGCAGCACCAUUAACGAAAAUUUCAGAUUCAGCGUUAUCAGAUGACUCAGGAGGUGAAGCGAACAACGGACUGCUGAUUGCUGAAGAGAAUAAUCUGAACCUUCAAGCUCCAAAUGGAGAGGAGAACAGCAACAAUAGACACGAACAGUUUAUGACAACAGAGACUGAACUGACUGAAAAUGAUGAUAAAGAAAAUGCUGCAGCUUCUGAUCAGAACAGAGCUCAUGAUCAUAAUCAUAAUCAGAAGCUGAAGGGAAAAAUUCUUGGCUUUCAGGAUACUUAUGGAAAAGUUCACAAGAUUGCUCAGGUGAAGGAUAAAUCUUUUGGAACUGUUGCUCCAGUGACAAAGUUCAAGAAACCGAAGCCUACAACCCCAAAACCUUUUCGACUAAGAACUGAUGAAAGAGGGAUUCUCAAAGAAGCUAAUUUGGAGAGAAAAAAUAAUAUACUAGCUCCUAAGAAUGAAAGUGCAGUUUCUACAACACUAGGUACAAAUUUGCACAGAAAGCAAGGGAAUGAUCAAAGAAAUGAAAACCAUCCUGAACAACAUAACAAAUGCAACGAUGAUAUGCAUGAAGCCAGAGAAGAAGAAGCAGAGAAAAUUCGACAAAAUGAUUCAAAAAAAGUGAGAUUCAAAACAGCAGCAGCUAUAACACCACAAAGACUUAACCUUUCUAAACAUCAAGAGCCAAGACCUAGGACUUCCCCACGCGAAGGCAAGACAAUCCAAAGCUUAAAAAACUUCGGGAAUCUGCAGAAACAGCAGGUUCAGCAUCAAGGCCUUACUAAAACGAGGAAGAUGAUUUCAUAUUCGACAACUAGUCGACCACUUGAGGUGAUAUAUGAAACUUUGGAACCCAAAAAAGGAAGAAACCUGACUGCUCAUGGUGGUAGUACCACCGGUACAGCUUCUGGUGCUUCCCGGUCAUCAUCACAGGGAAGAAGACCUGUGAAUAUUGCAAAGGCGCCAAACAUCAAUAGCCCUCAAGUGCAAAGAAAUUGUCGUAGGAUACUUACGAGAUUGCCAUCAUAA